ACACACAUCCAUCCUGACCGCUGAAGCAUACGCGAUACUUGAAGCACUACGGCACAUCCAAGAAAACAAAUAUCAAUCAGUGGUAAUCUAUACAGAUUCCUUGACUACAAUAAACGCGACAACAAACAUCAAUAGCAACAAAAACAACGAAGUCAUACAAAUGAUUCAAGAAACAUAUACCGAACUUACUAACGACCAUAAACAUAUAAUAAUCACCUGGAUCCCGUCACACCAGGGAAUUGAAGGAAACGAACAAGCCGACUCCUUAGCCAAAGAAGCAACACUCAACCAAACAAAAGAAACCAACGAGGCAAUAGGCAUGCUUCACACAAUGGGUUUAGUAAGUAGGUGUACUUUCCGUUCUGAAGAAGAUGCAACUGUAAUACGUUUUGUGAAAAAUGCCGGUGGAAUUUUGAUUGCAAAAACAAAUGUACCUGAACUAAAUUUGUGGACUGAAUCAAGAAAUAAUGUAUAUGGACAAACAUGUAAUCCAUAUAAUACCACUAGAAAUGUUGGUGGAAGCAGUGGUGGGGAAGCAGCAAUUAUUUCUGCCUGUGGGAGUGCAUUUUCCAUUGCCAGUGAUAUUGGUGGUUCUACUCGAAUGCCAGCCUUCUUUAAUGGAGCGUUUGGAUUUAAACCAACUGGAGGUUUAACGCCACUGAAGGGUAUUGGACUUCGAAAAGAAAAUUAUCCUAAUUCAAUGGCAGAAGCAGGCCCAAUAUGUAAAAAAGCAGAAGAUUUAAUACCUAUUUUGAAAACUAUAAUUGGAGAGAAAGCAUCUUUACUCAAUCUAGAUGCAGAAGUAGAUAUAAGAUGUCUUAAUAUUUUUUACCAAGAAAGUUCAGGUGAUAUAAGAACAAGUAGAGUAAAUUGGGAAAUGCGAACUGCUCUUUUAAAAGCUGUGCAACAUUUUAAAGAAAUUACUGGAUCCGUAACAAAAAUAAAAAUACCUGGUUCUGAAUACAGUUACCGAUUAUGGCGAUUUUGGAUGACACAAGAAAAUUUUGAUUUCAAAUUAAGUAUAACAAACGGAAAGUAUCGUGCGAGUGCUCUUACAGAACUUUCAAAAUUCUUAACUGGAAAAUCGGAAUUAACAUUAGCUGCUAUUAUAAAAUUGAUCGAUGAAGAUAUACUUCCCAGAGAAGAUGCUGAAUGGGCAAAGAAUAUAACUACAAAUAUGAAAAAAUAUUUAAUGGAAAAAUUGGAGCAUAAUGGGAUAUUAUUUUAUCCGUCUUCGCCUCUUCAAACAAGUUACCAUUAUACAGCCUAUUUAAGACCAUUUAACUUUGGUUAUUGGUGUCUUUUCAAUGUUUUGAAAUUUCCGGUUUGCCAAGUGCCUCUUGGUGUAGAUAAAAAUGGACUACCUAUUGGAAUACAGGUCGUAGCAGCACCCUAUAAUGAUCAUUUAUGUAUAGCUGUGGCACGAGAAUUGGAGAAAAUAUUUGGUGGUUGGAUUCCACCAGCUUAAUUUGUUACAAAUCAAUUAAUUAACGAUUAUUAUAAUAAUAUAAUUAAUAUUAAUAACAAUAUUAUAAUAUAAUUAAUAAUAAUAACAUUAUUCUAAUAAUAUAAUAAAAAACAGAAUGUAAACAAAAUGAUUAACGAAGGUAAUAGCUAUUAACCAUGGAAUAUUUUUUUGGUAUUUGU